AUGUUUCGAAAGCUGUCAUUUAUGAAGGAAUUACAAGAGGAAAGUCUAAAUGUUUUACCUUUCAACAGUCGGACGAGGUUUUAUAUCAAUAUGGUAAAACUAUUUGACAUGAUAUGUAGUAAUUUGAAACAAACUGCAUAUCAACAUUUUAUCGUUUGCUGUUCAAAAGCUACAAAUACUCAGUUGGCGUUAUUCAUAUUACGUUUUAUAAUUGCUACUUACGUAUCUUUUACUUGUGUAUAUGGUCCAUAUGCUUUUGGGCAUACAAAAAAAAAGCUACAUUCCUUCAAGGAGUCUUCUUUGUUUAUCAUUGGAUGGCCUAAUUUUAUCAAAUUAGCCGUUUACCAUAUGAUCGGAGGCGUCUGUCAUCUUGGCUACUUCGUAUUCCUGUUUCCGUUAGCUUAUAGAGUAAUCCUCUCCGAGAUACACUACGCUUAA